GGUGUUGCGGCAAUUUCGAAGGGAAUAGUGAGUUUUGAAAAUUUUGACAACGACCUCGAGAAUGGCAGAUAAUCAACAAAGUAGAUUUGAAAAGUCUCUUGGUCUAUUAACGACUCGUUUUGUCACUUUAUUACAGAAAGCGAAAGAUGGUGUCCUCGAUCUAAAAGUAGCUGCUGAUAUUUUAGAAGUACGACAGAAAAGACGAAUUUAUGAUAUUACAAACGUCCUUGAAGGUAUUGGACUCAUAGAAAAGAAAAGUAAAAAUAGUAUCCAGUGGAAAGGAGCAGGUCCAGGUUGUAACACCCAAGAAGUUGGUGAGAAAUUGACUGAUUUAAAAGAUGAAAUUAAAAAGCUAGAGGAUCAUGAACAGUUAUUGGAUAUGCACACACAAUGGAUUCAACAGAGUAUAAAAAAUAUAGAAAAUGACUUGAUCAAUAGGAAAUAUGCAUAUAUCACGUAUGAAGAUGUAAAAGAAAACUUUCCAGCUGAAUUUGUAUUAGGAAUUCAAGCUCCUCCUGAUACAGAAUUAAGCGUACCAAAUAUAACACAGCCCCUAGAAGAAGAAGAAAAAGAAAUAAAUUAUGAAAUGUUUCUUAAAAGUAGCUCAGGCGAAAUUAAGGUAUAUAUGAUUCAACCAGAAUUAGCUAAAACGUACGAUAAUAAAAUAUUAGAAAUGAGAUUGCAAGAAGAGGCAAAAGGUACAAAAAGAUGCAAAGAAGAAGAUGAAAAGAAGGAGGAAACUAAUGUUAAACCAAAGAGAAGAGUUGGAAGGCCACCAAAAGGAGCAAGUAAACCUGAUCCUGUCAUAUCUGACGAGGAUGAAGAGGAUGAUGCAGAAUUAAUAGAAGCAAAAAUAGUACUUCGCGAUGUCAGCGCAUCAGAUAUAGCUCAGAAAGAUUUGGAACUAUUCGAUCAACUUUAUUCCGACAUUUAUGGACCGUUAGUGAGAUUAAGUCCGCCGCCUAGUGAAAAAGAUUAUCACUUUAAUCUUAGUGAAAAUGAAGGGAUUUGUGAUUUGUUUGACAUUACUGCAAAAUGAGUAAUACUAAGUUAUAUAGUUUAAAUAAUUGGAUGGUUUAUAAAUCAGACUGUGCCAAUAAUGUGCAAAAAUCACAGAAAAAUUUGUUGACAAUUUCUGAAGGCUGUUCUGUGUAUAUAAUUUUAAAGAAUGGAUGUGGAUAACGAUCAUUGGAUACAUGCAGUAUUUUUUUAU